AUGGCAAGCCUUGUGGCAGAGGAUGCCUUCAAAGCUGCGGAGGCAUAUUUCGAUAGGAGUGGCAUUCGUGAAUUUUUGACUGAGAUUUUAGUCGAGCUGGGGCGGGAGCAACCCGCGAACCCAUUGGCAACCAUCCGUGUGCACCUGGAGAGGGCCGAGAACGCGCAGGUGAGAAUUGUUUCAGAUACGGAUUCUGGAAAUCCAGGAACUCCGAAAGGUUCCAAGGGCGAGGAUACCAAGGACACCGAAAGCGCCGCCAACGCUGGACUGGCGGAUGUGGAUGCAUGUGAUGCGCAGCAGCCUGCAAAGCCCAGUCUGUGGCAGAUGCCCUUGGUCGAGAAAUCCGGAACACCCGAGACAGAGGAGCACGAUGCCGACGCAAGUCUCUUGCAGGUGGAGGCUCUGAGACUCUUGGCUGACGAGGGCCUGGCAUUUUCCAAGCAAGGGUCAGGUCAGGACUUGUCCAAACGUCGUGUGUGGGGCGGUGGCUUCAACCGCGAUGUGCUGGAGAGCUGGGUUCCUCAGCCCUCACCUUGUUGCGCGGCUGCGUCUGUGGCUGGUGCUUACAACUCUCUCUGGCAUUUGGACCGCGAUUCUGCUGGUGCCUGUACGAUUCGUGAGGUGGCCAACAUUAUGGCGGAGAACAAGCAGCAUGUCCUAGCCAAGCAGCAGCAGCGCAUCGAGAGACUCCUGGGCGUGGCCGAGGGAAGUUUAGAGGCCUACUAUGUGGCCUUGGACGAGCACUUGGCAGCCAAAGGCUUGAGCUGGACAGGAAAGGGGACCUCGGCUGUGACGAAAGCCGCCGCGCAUCUCGCAACUCGUGAAUUGCUGUCUAUCCGUGCAGACGCACGGCCACGGACAGAGUCAAGGGAGUUCACGCCGACCGAACAGCAGCUGCUCGAACAGCCCGACCAGAGGGAAGCUGCAGGAGCUCCAGAGGAUGCAGGGCCGGACCUCGCAGACACCGAGGUGGCUUCCAAGGGUGCUUUGGUGACUGAUGUUUUCGCAGCCCUCCGAGAAGUCCUGGGCGGCAGCCAAGAGCCAGAUGAAGAAGAGACGAAGGAUGACGAGAAGAUCGAGAAGGUUUGCGAGCUGGUACAGGAUGACCCAGCAAUCAAAUGGAAGAAGGAAAUGUCGGAGCUUUUCGGGGCUCGAAAGGCAGUUUUCAGGCUUCGGGCAGAGAGACCCAACACGUCCGAAGUUGGCAGUGGCAAUCUGAAGCAAGCUGCAGAACUGCUUGGCACCCGUGACAACGCACGCGACAAUGAAUCGCUGAAGGUGACGUGCCUGCUUGGGAGGCGGCACAGUUUUAAGAACACCGCGGCCUUCGUUUCGAAAGGAGAUGGGGACCCAGAAGUGCGCAAACAGUGGUCGCUUCUUAAGCAGGCCUUUGCGGAUCCCGGGAGCGUCCUCCUUUUCCACCUUACCAACCACUACGCACUGAUCUUCGCUUGGCGUGAGUGGAUGGAGCCGAAUGCCAUCGAGGUCAGUGCUAGUGGACAUCAAAUCGUGGCAGAAAUCCCAAGUAAGAACAUCUUUGGGGAAAGGCCCUUCUCCGACCAAUUACGGCGCAAACCUGAGCCCACAUCGGUGGGUCUCUCUUUCGAUGGGCCGCCACCCCGUAAGGAUUCGAGAGAUUCGAGCCCUCAAAUGCUUGGAGACCCUGAGGAGAUUCCGCUGCGACUCCGACGGCAGAUCCUCACAUCGCGACGCGGCCAGCGUCCGAGUGCGUGGAUCGACUUCGAGGAAGUUCGCAAAAUUCUGGCCGAGCAGAACGAGCUGAAAGAAAGCGUUGUGGAUCAUGUGAGGAAAGUGACCGUGCAAGCAGACGACGACGAGCCAGACAUUUUGGCCGAGUUCGUCUGUGUGCUCCUAGAUCGGAGGAAAUCCAGCCCUGAGAUGCUGGAGGAGUUGUCUCUAAUGGACGACGAGGCUCAGCCGUUUGUCGCGUGGCUACAGAAGGAAAAGGCCAGCAUUCUGGCAAGGAGGCCGCCCCCAGCGCCGGCUGCAAAAGUGCAGGCACCGCCGGACAGACCACCGGGGCAGUUCACGCCGCUGCCGCCCCGCAGCCAUGCAAUGCUGACGCCCAAUGCCGUGACGGCUUCGCUUGAGGAGUCGAAGGCUGGAGACUGCUCUCAAGAUAGAGGACUUGUUGUCAUCACGAACCGCUUGAUUCUGCAGCCGAACACAGGACACGGCGGACACAGUGCCGCGCCAUCCGGCCACGGCCACAGUGGAAACCGGCAGCCAGAGGUGGUGGAUUGCGAAAGAGUUUCGGCUGCCUCUGCAGCCGAGAAGAAGGCCGAGGAAGCAUACCAGAAAAAAAUGGAGCUGCUCGCCGAGAUGACGAAAGAGCUGCAGGUGAUCCUGCACCGGCUCUCGGACAAGAACUUAAGCGAGACCAUGCGGGAGAGGUACCAAGGCUUUGCGCAGACGAUUCAGAAUCGAAUGUCGUCUCUGUCUCGCCCUGCUGCCGCUGAGAAGGCAGAGAAGGCUUAUGCACAGGCAGCUCAGGAGGCUGCAGCAGCCGCCGCGGCUGCUGCCACAGCGGCAGCAGGGGGCAACUCGCCAACAAUGUCACCGGCUGCCUCACCAGUGCCUCGGAGUGGAGCGGUGCCUUCUCUGCCGGGGCCCGCCCUCGCCGAAGCCGGGAGAGCCCCGCCACCAGAGGCAGUGCCCAGCUGA